UAACGGUUGUGUUUCCUUGUGCUCCGCUAAUAUAAAUAUCCCGAGGGAUUUACUGGGGACUUUACAGUGGCGACGAGUCAAUUAAGUAAGAGAUCUCUCGACGGACAAUAAAAUUAACACCGGAGCUCGAUAUGUCGAUCGGAAAGUUAAGUGUGUUCGACGUUAAGUGCGGGGUGUGGUCGUCGUACGUGGAUCGGCUCAAAAUGUACUUAAAAGUUAAUAAAGUGGCGGACGAUAUGAAGUUACCAGUGCUUAUCGCGUCUAUGGGGGACGAAGCAUACGAACUAUUAGUGAAUUUGGCUAGCCCGAAGGAACCUGAAAAGUUAACAUUUGCCGAGGCGGUAAAGUGCAUGAGUGAUCACUUACAACCGGCGCCAUCGGCGUUGGCAGAGCGGUUCCGGUUUAGACAAAGGAGACAGGGCGCGGAUGAAACUAUAGCCGGUUAUGUAGCGGAAUUAAAAAAAUUGUCAAGGUAUUGCAAGUUCGAAGACAAACUGGAUGACAACAUGCGGGAUCAGUUCGUAUGUGGAAUAAGGAGUGACAUUAUUCGCCAGCGGCUGUUUGCUGAGAGUGACGGCGUGACCUAUGCGCGAGCGGUGAAGGUCGCGACCGCCCUCGAGGCGGCGGAACGGGACUCGGCCGCGGUGGAGGCGAAGGGGUCACGGGAGUCGGAGGCCAGCGGGAGCGGCGGCGGCGGCGGGGAGCCGGCCGCGGUACAUGCGCUCGCGCCGGCCGGCGGGAGCGGCCUACGCAAGCGGAGAGGUGGCGGAGUGGGCCCGGCAUGGGCCAGCCAGCAGCGGCCGGGCUUCGCGAGGGCCAACUGGCCCAGCGGGGGCCCUACAGUCGGGCCGCAACAGCGCUAUCCGUCUUGUGGGGCCUGUGGCGCGCAAAACCAUACCUACGGGAGCUGUCGCUAUAAGACCUUUAUCUGCAGCAAGUGCCAGCGCACGGGUCAUUUACGCCGGGUUUGCCCAGAGUGGGCAAGGGCGGAGAGAAGUGGCCUGCAUUUCGGAAAUGUGCAACAGAUGGAGGACGCGGAUAUCAGCGGGAAUGAGUAUGACAUCGAGCAAGAAUUAAACCAUCUGUGCUUGAACGACUAUAAACCAAUAUAAGGAGCUGUUCAGUGGCGGUCUGGGACGGUACACGGGCGGCCAGGCGACGCUGGCGGUGCGCGAGGGGGCGGCGCCGGUGUUCCACCGCGCGCGGCCGCUGCCGUACGCGCUGUGCGCGCGGGUGGACGCCGAGCUGGACGCCAUGCUGCGCGCGGGCGUCAUCGAGCCCGUGGACCACUCCGACUGGGCCUCGCCACUGGUACCUAUUCCUAAGCCUGAUGGCACCCUUAGAUUAUGUGCGGACUAUAAAUCUACUUUGAACCCCGUCUUACUGAUCGAUCGUUAUCCUUUGCCUAAAAUUGACGAUGUGUUAGUAGGUUUGAACGGCAAUAAAUAUUUUAGCAAAAUUGACUUAUCGCAGGCAUACAACCAGGUGGAACUGGACGAGUCUAAGAUGUACACCGUAAUAAAUACGCAUCGAGGCCUUUUUAGGUAUAAUCGUUUAGUUUAUGGACUGGCAUCAAGUGUAGGUAUUUUCCAAAGAAUAAUGACGAGUUUAUUAAAAGGCAUUCCAAACGUUCAGGUAUUUUUAGACGAUGUGAUAAUUGGGGGUAAGACGGAGGCGGAGCAUAUUCACUCGCUGGAAUUGGUUCUACAACGGUUGUUAGACAACGGGUUAAAGUUGAAGAAAAGUAAAUGCGUGUUCUUAACCCAAGAAGUUACUUAUCUGGGGUACGUGGUCUCCAAAGACGGGAUAAGGGCAGAUAAGUCAAAAAUAAAUUCAAUUCUAAAAAUGGCAGCUCCACAAAACGUGACCGAAUUACGUUCUUUCCUAGGGAUGGUCAAUUUCUUUGCGAAGUUUAUUAAAAAUAUUAGUUUCAUAUUAGCUCCUUUGUAUAACUUAUUACGGAAAAAUGUAAUUUGGAACUGGGAUGGAGAAUGUGAGUGGUCUUUUCGGGAAGUAAAGAAAUUGCUGACGAGCGCGGAGGUACUGGCUCAUUACGAUCCAGACCUCCCGCUGGUGCUCACUUGUGACGGGAGCCCGAGGGGCGUUGGGGCAGUGCUUUCACUAAGGGACGAAAGGGGGCGCGAGCGGGCAGUCGCGUUUGCGUCUAGGUCACUUAGUGAUGCGGAAAAGAAUUAUUCGCAGAUUCAUCGCGAAGGUUUAGCUAUAAUAUUCGCGUUAAAGAAAUUUCACCAAUAUU